AUGCCCUCCAAGACACCCUCAAUACGCGCCUUGUCGCGCUAUCUGCUCAGGCCUCAACCAUCACUUCACCCCCGCUGCCAUUUCAAGCCCCACACCAAACACUAUUCUGCCGCCGCUGCGGGAGCACGACUGAACGUGCCGCUGGAGUACGACUCGACCCCUCUUCUCAAUCACACCUCCAAAUCAGCCCUCGCCAACCCCGAAUUACCAGAACACAUACGCAAAGGCCAGACCAAGCGCAUCAACCUCUACACCGCCGUCAAUGAAGCUCUCCGCCAUGCCUUGCAAACAGAUGAGCGAGUGCUGGUCUUUGGCGAGGAUAUCCAGUUCGGAGGCGUCUUUCGCUGCACCAUGAAUCUUGCUGCCGACUUUGGCACAGACCGAGUGUUCAACACGCCACUCAGCGAGCAAGGAUUGGUCGGCUUUGCGAUAGGAGCAGCCGCUGAGGGCAUGAGGCCGGUUGCAGAGGUCCAAUUUGCCGACUAUGUCUUCCCGGCAUUCGACCAGAUCCACAACGAAGCAGCCAAGUACAGAUACCGAUCUGGAAGCACCGGCGUGCACUGUGGUGGAUUGACAAUUCGCAUGCCCAGCGGGAGUGUAGGCCACGGUGCACUAUACCACACACAAUCCCCAGAGGCUCUCUUCACACACACUCCCGGCCUCCGUGUCGUCGUCCCCCGCUCCCCCAUCCAAGCAAAAGGUCUUCUCCUUUCCUCCAUCCGUACCGCAGACCCCGUGAUCUUCAUGGAGCCCAAGAUCCUCUACCGUGCCGCCGUCGAGCAAGUUCCUGUAGACGCAUACCAUCUACCCCUCGACAAAGCCGAAGUCCUGAAGACGGGCAAGGAUGUAACCAUCGUCUCCUACGGCACACCCCUCUACACGUGUUCAGCUGCGAUAGCAGCCGCCGAGAAGGACUUUGGAUGCAGCGUGGAAUUAAUCGAUCUUCGCACAAUCUACCCGUGGGACAGAGAGACCGUGCUCAACAGCGUGAGGAAGACUGGCAGAGCCAUUGUAGUCCACGAGAGUAUGAUGAAUGCUGGUGUUGGCGCAGAAGUCGCGGCGACAAUUCAGGAGCAAGCGUUUUUGAGGUUAGAAGCGCCUGUCAAGAGAAUUGCUGGAUGGGCGACACAUACAGGUCUCGUUUUUGAGAAGAUCAUCAUUCCGGAUGUCACAAGAGUUUACGACGCGAUCAAGAAAACGAUAGACUACUAG